AUGCCGCCGCCGAGCGGCCCCGGCGUCCUCGCGCGGCUGCUCCCGCUGCUGGGGCUGCUGCUCGGCGGCGCCUCCCGGGCGCCCGGCAAGUCGCCGCCGGAGCCCCCCAGCCCGCAGGAGAUCCUGAUCAAGGUGCAGGUGUACGUGAGCGGGGAGCUGGUGCCCCUGGCCCAGGCCUCGGUGGACGUGUUCGGGAACCGCGUGCUGCUGGCCGCUGGCACCACGGACGCCGAGGGCGUGGCCACGCUGCCCCUCAGCUACCGCCUGGGCACCUGGGUGCUGGUCACCGCCGCCCGCCCCGGCUUCCUCACCAACUCCGUGCCCUGGCGCGUGGACAAGCUGCCCUUGUACGCCUCCGUCAGCCUCUACCUGCUCCCCGAGCGGCCGGCCACCCUCAUCCUCUAUGAGGACCUGGUGCACAUCCUCUUGGGCUCUCCAGGCGCCCGCUCCCAGCCCUGGGUGCAGUUCCACCGGCGGGCUGCCCGCCUGCCCGUCAGCUCCACCUACAGCCAGCUCUGGGCCUCGCUCACCCCCGCCAGCACCCAGCAGGAGAUGCGGGCUUUCCCUGCCUUCCUGGGCACCGAGGCCUCCGGCUCAGGCAAUGGCUCCUGGCUGGAGCUGGUGCCCCUGGCUGCGGUGAGCGUGCACCUGCUGACGGGCAACGGGACGGAAGUGCCCCUCUCGGGCCCCAUUCACCUGUCUCUGCCUGUGCCCUCCGAGCCCCGCGCCCUCGCCGUGGGCACCAGCAUUCCGGCCUGGAGGUUUGACCCCAAGAGUGGGCUGUGGGUGCGGAACGGCACUGGCGUGAUCCGGAAGGAGGGCCGGCAGCUCUACUGGACCUUUGUCUCCCCGCAGCUGGGGUACUGGGCGGCGGCCAUGGCCUCCCCCACGACCGGCCUGGUCACCAUCACAACAGGCAUCCAGGACAUCGGCACCUACCACACCAUCUUCCUGCUCACCAUCCUGGCAGCCCUGGCCCUGCUGGUGCUCAUCCUGCUGUGUCUGCUCAUCUACUAUUGCCGGAGGCGCUGCCUAAAGCCCAGGCAGCAGCACCGCAAGCUGCAGCUGUCUGGGCCCUCCGAGGGCAGCAAGCGAGACCAGGCCACCUCCAUGUCCCAGCUCCAUCUCAUCUGCGGGGGGCCCCUGGAGCCCACCCCGCCGGGGGACCCCGAGGCGCCUCCCCCGGGCCCCCUGCACUCCGCCUUCUCCAGCUCCCGCGACCUGGCCGGCUCCCGGGAUGACUUCUUCCGCGCCAAGCCGCGCUCCGUCUGCCGUCCGGCCGCCGCCGAGCCCGCAGGCGCCCGCGGGGGCGAGGGCGCGGGGCCGAAGGGCGCCCGCUCCGCGGAGGGCGCCGGCGGGCUGGAGCCGGGCCUGGAGGAGUACCGGCGGGGGCCCCCGGGGGCCGCGGCCUUCCUGCCGGAGCCGCCCUCGCCGCCGCCGCCCUUCGAGCACUACCUGGGCCACAAGGGGGCGGCCGAGAGCAAGGCGCCCGACUUCCUGCUGUCGCAGUCCGCGGACCAGCUGGCGCGGCCGCCGCUCGGCCAGGCGGGGCAGCUCAUCUUCUGCGGCUCCAUCGACCACCUCAAGGACAGCGUCUACCGCAACGUCAUGCCCACCCUGGUCAUCCCCGCGCACUACGUGCGCCUGGGCGGCGAGGCGGGGGCCGCGGGGGCGGGCGACGAGCCCCUCGCCCCCGAGGGCACGGCCCCCGGCCCGGCGCGCCCCUUCCCGCAGCCCGACUCGCAGCGCCCGCUGAUGCCGGGCCACGCGGGCGCGGGGGGCGAGGGCGGCGGCGGCGUGGGCGGCGGCGGCGGCGGCGAGGGCUGGGCCGGCGGGCGCUCGGCGCCGGUCAGCGGCUCGGUCACCAUCCCCGUGCUGUUCAACGAGUCCACCAUGGCGCAGCUCAACGGGGAGCUGCAGGCGCUGACGGAGAAGAAGCUGCUGGAGCUGGGCGUCAAGCCGCACCCGCGCGCCUGGUUCGUGUCCCUCGACGGGCGCUCCAACUCGCAGGUGCGCCACUCCUACAUCGACCUGCAGGCGGGCGGCGGCCGCAGCACCGACGCCAGCCUGGACUCGGGCGUCGACGUGCACGAGGCGCGGCCCGCGCGCCGCCGGCCCCCGCGCGAGGAGCGGGAGCGGGAGCGGGAGCGCGCCCCGGCCGCCGCCCCGCCGCCGCCGCCCGCGCCCCCGCGCCUGGCGCUCAGCGAGGACACGGAGCCCAGCAGCAGCGAGAGCCGCACGGGCCUCUGCUCCCCGGAGGACAACUCGCUGACCCCGCUGCUGGACGAGGUGGCGGCCCCCGAGGGCCGGGCGGCCACGGUGCCCCGCGGCCGGGGCCGCAGCCGCGGGGACAGCUCCCGCAGCAGCGCCAGCGAGCUGCGCCGCGACUCGCUCACCAGCCCGGAGGACGAGCUGGGCGCCGAGGCGGGCGACGAGGCGGGCGACAAGAAGAGCCCGUGGCAGCGGCGCGAGGAGCGGCCGCUGAUGGUGUUCAACGUCAAGUAG